GGGACGUUGACAAGUGGAUCCAAGAUGGCGUAGAAAGUAAUGACAGGAAUUGGAUGAAGUAAUUGAUCACUAAAGAACUACAGUGCUGGUGAGAUGUGUAAGAUUGAGGCAUACAAUUGACAUUUCUGCCUUAAAAAAAAACUUGGGAGAGGAAGGUGGACAUAAAGCAAGAUCUUUUUAAAUUAUAAAGAGCUCUGAUGGGCUAUUUGGGUGAUACCCAGUGCAGUGAACUGCAGUUUCCAACUGUGUCUUCUGGGUUAUUUAAUCUUCUUUCCGGCUUCUUUAAGGGAUAAGGAUUUUUGUCCCUGAGUCAUGGAAGACAGAAGAGCUGAGAAGUCAUGUGAACAAGCGUGUGAAUCACUUAAGAGACAGGACUAUGAAAUGACCCUCAAGCACUGCACAGAGGCCCUCCUUUCUCUUGGCCAGUACUCCAUGGCUGACUUCACAGGGCCGUGUCCACUGGAGAUAGAAAGCAUCAAAAUCGAGAGUCUUCUUUACAGAAUUGCCUCCUUUUUGCAGCUGAAAAACUAUGGGCAAGCUGAUGAAGAUUGUAGGCAUGUGCUGGGAGAAGGACUGGCCAAGGGAGAUGGUACCUUUCAAGCAGUGCUUUGCUGCAUGCAGCUUAAAGGAAAGCUCCAACCUGUAUCCAGCAUUCUUGCCAAGUCACUGACAGGAGAGUCCCUGAAUGGGAUGGUAACAAAAGAUUUGACAAGACUGAAAAUACUUCUCACAGAAACGGAGACAGCAACCGGUAACGUCCUCUCUGGAUAUCAUGUGGAAGACUUAGAAGAGGGAUCUUGUAAUGGUUGGCAUUUCCGCCCACCACCUAGGGGAAUCACAAGCAGCGAGGAAUAUACUUUGUGUAAAAGAUUUUUAGAGCAAGGAAUCUGUAGGUAUGGUGCCCAGUGUACUUCAGCACAUUCCCAGGAAGAACUAGCAGAAUGGCAGAAAAGAUAUGCUUCACGGUUGAUAAAAUUGAAACAGCAAAAUGAGAAUAAACAGCUCUCAGGCAGUUACAUGGAAACCUUGAUAGAAAAGUGGAUGAAUUCAUUAUCUCCUGAGAAAGUGCUUAGUGAAUGUAUAGAAGGAGUAAAGGUAGAGCAUAACCCUGAUCUGUCCGUUACUGUCAACACCAAAAAAUCUCACCAGACAUGGACCUUUGCUCUCACUUGUAAGCCUGCAAGAAUGCUGUAUCGUGUAGCAUUGCUUUAUGACGCUCAUCGUCCUCAUUUUAGUAUCAUUGCAAUAUCUGCCGGAGAUAGUACUACCCAGGUAUCACAAGAAGUCCCAGAAAACUGUCAAGAAUGGAUAGGAGGAAAGAUGGCCCAAAAUGGAUUAGAUCAUUACGUGUAUAAAGUCGGGAUAGCAUUUAACACAGAAAUAUUUGGAACUUUUCGCCAAACCAUAGUUUUCGACUUUGGAUUGGAACCAGUACUCAUGCAAAGAGUAAUGAUUGAUGCAGCUUCUACAGAAGAUCUUGAGUACCUGAUGCAUGCAAAACAACAGCUAGUAACCACGGCUAAGCGUUGGGAUUCUUCUUCUAAGACUAUUGUAGAUUUUGAACCUAAUGAAACUACUGAUUUGGAGAAGAGCCUUCUUAUCAGAUACCAAAUUCCUCUCUCUGCUGACCAGCUAUUUACCCAGUCCGUUUUAGACAAAUCAUUGACCAAGACCAACUAUCAGUCACGGCUGCAUGACCUUCUUUAUAUUGAGGAGAUAGCCCAGUAUAAGGAAGUCAGCAAGUUCAACCUUAAAGUGCAAUUGCAGAUUCUAGCAAGCUUCAUGCUCACUGGAGUUUCUGGAGGUGCAAAGUAUGCUCAGAAUGGACAACUUUUUGGCCGUUUUAAGCUUACUGAAACACUUUCUGAAGAUACUUUGGCUGGACGGCUGGUGAUGACCAAAGUCAAUGCUGUUUAUUUAUUACCAGUCCCUAAAGAGAAGUUAGUACAGACCCAGGGAACCAAAGAGAAGGUUUAUGAAGCUACUAUUGAAGAAAAAACAAAAGAAUAUAUAUUUUUAAGGAUAUCCAGGGGAUGCUGUGAAGAACUUAACCUUCGGCCUGAUUAUGACGCACAGGUUGAACUUCAGUUUCAGUUAAAUCGAUUACCCCUCUGUGAAAUGCAUUAUGCGCUAGACAGGAUCAAGGACAAUGGGGUUUUGUUUCCAGACAUCACUAUGACUCCAACCAUACCUUGGAGUCCCAACAGACAAUGGGAUGAGCAGUUGGAUCCUCGGCUAAACGCAAAACAGAAGGAGGCUGUUCUGGCCGUUACAACCCCACUUUCAAUACAGCUGCCUCCCGUUCUCAUCAUCGGCCCCUAUGGCACUGGCAAAACAUUCACCCUAGCUCAGGCCGUCAAGCACAUUCUCCAGCAGCAGGAGACCAGCAGGAUUCUCAUUUGCACCCAUUCUAAUAGUGCUGCUGACCUCUACAUAAAGGAUUAUUUACAUCCAUAUGUAGAAGCAGGCAAUCCCCAGGCAAGACCUCUCAGGGUAUAUUUCAGAAAUCGCUGGGUAAAGACUGUCCACCCAGUUGUGCAUCAGUACUGUUUGAUCUCAAGCGCACAUUCCACCUUUCAGAUGCCACAGAAAGAAGACAUUCUUAAACACCGAGUGGUUGUUGUUACAUUGAAUACUUCCCAGUACCUCUGUCAGUUGGACCUUGAACCUGGGUUUUUUACACACGUUCUGUUAGAUGAGGCCGCGCAGGCCAUGGAGUGUGAAACCAUCAUGCCCCUGGCGCUAGCAACUAAGGGCACCCGGGUUGUCCUGGCUGGUGACCACAUGCAGCUCAGCCCUUUUGUUUACAGUGAGUUUGCCAGGGAGAGAAACCUUCACGUUUCAUUGCUUGACCGGCUCUAUGAGCAUUACCCUGCCGAGUUUCCCUGCAGGAUCCUCCUGUGUGAGAACUACCGCUCCCACGAAGCUAUCAUCAAUUACACCUCUGAGCUCUUCUAUGAGGGCAAACUGAUGGCCAGUGGAAAGCAGCCAGCACACAAGGAUUUCUACCCAUUAACCUUCUUUACAGCACGAGGGGAAGAUGUACAAGAGAAAAAUAGCACAGCUUUUUAUAAUAAUGCAGAGGUCUUUGAAGUGGUGGAACGUGUGGAAGAGUUAAGAAGGAAGUGGCCAGUAGCGUGGGGGAAGUUAGAUGACGGCAGUAUUGGUGUGGUGACUCCGUAUGCCGACCAGGUGUUCAGGAUACGUGCUGAACUUCGAAAAAAGAGAUUAUCUGAUGUUAACGUCGAAAGGGUGCUAAAUGUUCAAGGAAAGCAAUUCAGAGUUUUGUUUCUUAGCACAGUACGUACAAGACAUACUUGUAAACAUAAACAGACACCAAUUAAAAAGAAAGAGCAACUGCUGGAAGAUUCCACAGAGGACUUAGAUUAUGGUUUUUUGUCUAACUAUAAGCUUCUCAAUACUGCCAUCACAAGAGCGCAAUCCCUGGUUGCCGUGGUGGGUGAUCCCAUUGCGCUGUGCUCUAUUGGAAGAUGCAGGAAAUUUUGGGAGCGGUUUAUUGCCCUGUGUCAUGAAAAUAAUAGCCUACAUGGAAUCACUUUUGAACAGAUCAAAGCUCAGCUAGAGGCUUUAGAACUAAAGAAGACGUAUGUGUUGAAUCCACUGGCACCUGAAUUUAUCCCCCGGGCUCUAAGAGUGCAGCACACGGGAAAUACCAACAGAUUGCAGCAAUCACCCCCCAAGGGGAAAAGCCUCCAUCAUAUCCAGAAUGAUCAUUUCCAGAAUGAUGGAAUUGUUCAGCCCAAUCCUUCUGUACUUAUUGGCAAUCCUAUUAGAGCAUAUACUCCUCCACCUCCUCUUGGACCUCACCCUAAUUUGGGGAAAUCUCCAAGCCCUGUUCAAAGAAUAGAUCCUCACACGGGGACAAGUAUUCUUUAUGUACCUGCUGUCUAUGGAGGGAAUGUAGUUAUGUCCGUGCCUUUACCUGUACCAUGGACAGGAUACCAGGGUAGGUUUGCAGUUGAUCCUCGAAUCAUUACUCACCAGGCAGCAAUGGCCUACAAUAUGAACCUCUUACAGACACACGGGCGGGGGUCUCCUAUACCUUAUGGCCUUGGGCAUCACCCACCUGUCAGCAUAGGGCAGACGCAAAACCAGCAUCAGGAGAAGGAUCAACAUGAGCAGAGUCGAAACGGUAAAAGUGAUACAAAUAAUCCUGGACCUGAAAUUAAUAAGAUUCGGACGCCAGAGAAAAAGCCUACAGAAUCAAAACAGAUGGAUUUGGAAUCAAAUCCACAGAACAGAAGUCCUGAAUCACGUCCUGGUGUUGUUUAUCCCAAAUUUCAUCGCAAAGAUAAUCUCAACCCCAGACACAUAAAUCUUCCCCUUCCUGCUCCCCAUGCACAGUAUGCAAUCCCCAGCCGUCAUUUUCAUCCACUUCCCCAGCUGCCGAGACCACCAUUUCCAAUUCCACAGCAGCACGCCUUGUUAAAUCAGCAGCAGAAUAAUUUGCCUGAACAACCAAAUCCGAUGCCGCCCCAGCCGAAUCAGGCAGUCCCGCAGCAGAAUCCGCUGGGUCAGCUUUCUGCUGCCUGCCAGGCAGGCCCCAGCAGCGCUUUUUUUAAUAAUGCGGUUUCUCACCGACCACAGUCCCCUGCUGCAGAGGCUGCAGGUCCUGAGCAGCAGCCGCCUCCCAUGCUGCGGGGGGGCCACAGUCCUCUGCGAGCCAUUGCGCAGCCCGGCCCCAUUCUUCCUUCACAUCUGAAUAACUUCACUGAUGAGACCCCGCCAGGACUGCCUGUAGGAGAGGCUUUAGAUCGUGUGCAUGGGAGUGUGGCUCUGGAAGCAUUGCGGCAGCAGCAGGUGCGGUUACAGCAGUGGAGUGAGCACCACGCCUAUCUCAGCCAGGGCAGCGCUCCUUACCCACACCAUCACCAUCCUCACCCGCACCCGCACCCGCACCCGCACCUCCAGCAUCUUCCCCAGCCGCCCAUUGGAUUGCAUCAGCCACCAGUGAGAGCCGACUGGAAGCUCCCCAGCAGUGCCGAAGAUGAAGCGGAAACGACUGACUCAAGGUUUCAAGACUUAAUCAGAGAACUGUCUAAUCGUGAUCAAAGUGAAACGCGGGAACUAGCUGAGAUGCCGCCACCUCAAUCAAGACUUUUGCAGUAUCGACAAAUUCAGACCAGGAGCCCACCAGCAGUCCCCUCGCCCCCAUCCAGUGCAGACCACAGUUCCCACUUCUCCAACUUCAGUGACAGCAGCAGAGACCUCGAAGUAGCCAGCAGCCCAGCCUUUGCACAGCGCCUGCCGCCGCAGCUGUUCAGCUCGCCUUUCUCGUUGCCGGCUGAACACCUCGCCCCUCCUCCCUUGAAAUGCCUGGCACCUGACGGAGCCUGGGCUUUUGCCAGCUUACAGCAGAAUCGCCUGAUGGGGCCGGGUGUUCCCUAUGGCCUACCUCCACUGCCGCCCAGGCCACCGCAGACCCCUUUUGUGCACAUGCAGAGCCAUCAGCCUGCUGUCAGCCAAGAGCCCUUCCACCCGCUGUCGGCGCGCACCGUGUCGUCCUCUUCGCUCCCCAGCUUAGAAGAGUAUGAACCCAGAGGACCUGGUCGGCCCUUGUACCAAAGAAGAAUCUCAUCCAGCUCAGUCCAGCCUUGUCCUGAAGAAGUAAGCGCUCCUCAAGACAGUCUUUCUCAGUGUAAAGAGCUUCAGGACCACAGUAACCCAUCUUCCUUCAACUUUUCCCCCCCGGAGUCCUGGGUAAACACCACCUCAUCUACCGCCUAUCAGAACAUUCCGUGCAAUGGAUCCAGCCGGGCAGCUCAGCCCAGAGAGUUGAUCGCUCCGCCCAAGACCGUCAAACCCCCUGAGGAUCAUCUGAAGCCUGAAAACCUCGAGGGGUCCAGUUCCUUCAAUUACAGUGUCCUGCAGCAUCUCGGCCAGUUCCCCCCACUCAUGCCCAACAAGCAGAUCGCGGAGUCGGCCAACAGCAGCAGCCAGCAGAGCUGUGGAGGCAGCAAGCCCGCCAUGUCGUACGCCAGUGCUCUGCGGGCCCCGCCCAAGCCCAGGCCCCCGCCGGAGCAGGCCAAGAAGAGCAGCGACCCUCUGUCUCUGUUCCAGGAACUCAGCCUGGGGAGCUCAUCGGGCAGCAAUGGCUUUUACUCCUAUUUUAAAUAAUCACUUUUUUUUCCUCCAGGGAGAGUGUUUUCAUUUCUGUUUGUAUCAGUAGAAUUAAGAUAGCUGGACUUCACCUAUAGAUGCACAGUUCCCUUUGUUUUAAUAUUAAGUAUGUUCUCAAUUGCUUUGCUGCUAGACUUGCAACUAAUUUUUUUUACAGUAUAUUCCAUUAUUUUGCAUUUUUGACAUGAGUCGGAAUUUUGACAGCUUUUAUGUGGAAUAAAAAAUAUUUUUAAAUUUGUGUAUUGUUACAUAUGUUUGCAUCAAGCUAGCAGCUAAGAGGUUAAUUGUGCAACUAUUAAAAAAGGAGAAAAAAAGUUUGUCUAAAAUGUAUUUAAAAAGAAAAAAAAAUUAUAAGUAGCAUUUACAUUUAUUCAGUAAUAUUACCAUACGCUGGGUUUCUGUACCAGAAAUGGCCAGUUGAUGUACAAAUGUAUGUUAUUUUUGCUUAAAUUCAUUGAAAAUUUUUUAAAAAAAAGGGGGCAGCAUCUUCUAAAUACUUUAAGUUUUAUCAGCUUUUUUUGGUGACAAGAUGCUGCAUUCUAAAACUUUUCUAGUUUUAGACUAUGUAGAUGUGCUGUUGUAAUCUCCAUCCACCGUAGGAUAGAGUUAAAGGCAUUCUUUGCAGGUGUAUUUCAUAUGCCACUGUUUUUUGUAACAUGAAAAAAACAGUGGCAUACUUAAUUAUAUUUUGGACAAGCUACACUUUAAGCUUGUUUUUAAUGUUAAUUUGAUAGUGUGUGUUUUUUUUUUUAAACAAAUCAUGAAGCUGAAAAAUUUUUAGGAUUGUUGGUGCUUAGUAGACUUGAUAACUAUUUUAAAAAUGCGUGAAUUUAGUAAAAUCUUCUUUUCCUCACUAUGCAUGUGUAAAUGUUCGUAAUCUGGCUUCCCCCCUCUCCAGUGGUAUAAAGAGUUGUGCCGCUUUAAGGUUUUUUUUCCCUCCAGUAAAAAUUUUGGUACCUUUAUUUGAUGUUUACAUUAAAAUGUGACAUUAUACAUGGCAAUUCAGAUAUUUUGCUAACUGUUUUGUUUGAGGAACAUCAUUAAAGAAGAAAUGUUUGUCAAAGAUGUAUCAAAAUUCAUCAAAAUCUGGGGCAAGAAGCUACCCUUGUUUUCAUGUCUUUUGAUUCUUCUAAAAGAACCCCACUGAACUUGUACAAAACUAUAAAAUUUAAACAGCUAUCUUAAAUAUCCUACAGUCUAAACAUUGUUUUGAAUGAACUUUGGUAAAAUCCAAAGAAAAACGUUUACCCUCUUAAAACUCGUGGUCUUGUAACACUUCUGAAGCGACGCAUGUCCAUAUUGUUUUCCUGAUCUAGUAGUACUGCUUUUAUACUUCAGAGAUAUCUUGAAACUACAAUAUAACCUUUUUAAAAAAAUAAUAAGGUAAGGUUGGGAAGCAUUGCAAAUCCUGAAUGGAUCCUGACGAUCUGUUCAGAAAUAGUGUUUUUUCGGAAGACUUGCCUCUGAGUAGGCCAUCCUCUAUUUGCGGUCCAUUUUUAAAGCAGAGUUGAAACGUGGAGGGCAAAGAAAAGCGUCUACAACGGGAGUUUAGUUGGUGUCGGCCAGCAGUAGUCCCCUGUAAGCCUCAGACAGUUUGGGAGAAGAGAGUGCCUUUAGUUAAAGGCUGUCAAGCUGCAGGACAAAUGAAGAGAACCUCUUUUUUUAUUCAGUUCUGUCUUUCUGCCCAGAGUGCAGUUCACUUCUCUGUGGCUUCCCGUUACAGGCUGCAGGUCUCUGUGUAAGGCAGCAGAUGUAGACGUGUAGACUGCAGACGUGUUAAUGGUUAGUAUAAAUCACAGUUGGAAAACGGAGCCAGCGAGUUACAGCACCUCGUUUUCUCUGUAAGAUGGCAGAUCACCACAUUUAGUGAUGUCGGAUUUUACUCGACAUAGUCACAAGAAAAGAAGAAAAAAUUUUGCCAUAUAGCUGUGUAUUUCUAACUCUGUGACAAAACUCAAGAUACAGCCCAAAUGAAAAUGAGAUCCCCCUGAUGUGAGGAUGUCGAUGAAAAGUAAUGUUCUUGUCAGCGAUGAUUCUCCUCCCCCGAAAAUACACAGGACUGCAACACAAGCCAGGUAAAUGGUCGGAAGCACGCUGAUCUGACGAAGACAGAACUGUCCCAUCAGGGCUGUCAGUUAACCCCUUGUCAUAAAGUAAUUGCCUAAUCAUCUGUUUUCCGUACUUGAACCUUUAAAAAAUACCAGUUUUAAAAUUAUUUAUAUUUAAAUGUGCCCACCCUACCACCCUUAUAUAUUGAUGGAAGCUUUGGGUAAGGAAGCUGUUACAUUGUUGUGACUUCACUGUUCUAAGCAGUUGUUUCUAAAAAAACUAAAAGGAACAGCUACUUCUUAGCCCACUGCUCUGCGGAGAAUGUCUGAGUGUCCCUCACUUCCUUACUGUUUCUACAGCCAGUCGAGGAUUCGAAUGCCGUUUCCAUCUCCGCUUUACUUAAUGCCGUCUUUCCAACUGUGCUUUACAUGUAAUGUAUACAUAAUAAUAUCUUGUAACGGUUUUGAGAAAGUCUUACUGCAAGAAUCAUUGCAAGUUUCCAUUGAAAUGAGGCGUGGCUUCUGAGUACCAUUCAUCCUGUUGGAUAUUACUUGGGUAAUGUUAGCAAGUGCCCACGAAUCAGACUUAAAAAACAACUUACAGUUGGCCCUCCGUAUCUACGGGUUCCAUGCCCACCGAUUCAGCAAAGCAUGGAUCAAAGAUAUUUUAAAAAAAAAAACAAAUUCCAGAAAGUUCCAAAAAGGAGAGCUUGAAUUUGCCAUAUGCUGGCAACUAUUUGCAUAACAUUUAUAUUGAAUUAGGUAUCAUAAGUAAUCUAGAGAUGAUUUAAAGUAUAUGGGAGGAUGUGUGAAAGUUAUAUGCGAAUGCUACGUCAUUUUAUAUAAGGGACUUGAGCAUCCUCGGGUUUUGGUAGUCCUGGGGGUCCUGGAACAGAUCCCUUGCAGACACUGAGGGGAGACUAUGUUUUAUAUACUAGGUCCAACCUUAGAGUUCAGAUGGAACUUUUUUUUUUAAAGCUUGAUGUUAGCUCUGGGAUAAUACCAAGUAUCACCAACUUCCUUUUCUUCCAAAACAUAUUUCUUCUAAGUGAGGUUAGUUGUUCACAUGAUGUCUUUCUACUUCUUUGUUCUUUGUUAUCACUCUGAAGUUUCCUUUAUCUUGCCAGAACUAUUUUUUUAUUCAUUUUACUUUUUAAUUUCAGUGCUACUGAGAUUUUCUUUUUUUACCUUAAAGAAAUUAUUUUGGGUGAUAGAAUUUGUAGAGUUUUCAUGCUAAAUUUUUUUUCCCUAUCUAAAAAUGAAUUUCUGUUAAGAUUUGAAUGAGCCUCAUUCAGUGUAACAUGGAUAUUUUCUGGUGGGUUUUUCAAAGGGGUUUUGCUUGCCAUUUGGCAUGUGCUUUGCCAAUUGUUAGAGUAGAGCUUUGUUUUUGAUUAAUCAGCAGUUAAUUAUUGACCAUUUAAACAACAUGACUUUCAUUUUCCCUUCCUCAGACAGAUAUGCUUUCUCUCCAGGUCAUUUUGUAUGUGUGAAAUAAUAAACUGCUUUGUGUGGUUUUUUUCAUCAGAGGUUCUAGAAUAAGUUUGAGUUUGGUGUGAACAUCAAUUGGUCUUUUCAGUUCAAAGAACUGCAGAAUAAGUAAAAUAAUCAGAAUUCCCACUGAAUAAGUAUUACCUAAUUAAACAUAGCGAUCUCCAAGACCUAUUUGUGAAAAUAGUUUCCUUUUUUAUGGUGGCAUUGAAAUUGCUGAGAAAGUAACUGAAUUCCCUAACUUGAGAUAAUUAAGAUAUAGUAUUAUCUUGCUCUGGUAUAGUCGAUCUUAACAUGUUUAAUAUUUUCCACGUAUAUACAUUUCAAGGGCAAAGCUAUAAACAUAUAGGAAUGUAUCUCUAGCAACCUGCGCUGGAGAGAGUCACCUUGCCUAAGAGCCAGGGUGUGAAAACCAAUUUCAAGAUAAAUUUCAGAUUUCAGCUAUUGUUACUAAGAAAAUUAAAUUUACUGAAAUCGCCAUUUUAAGAAGAGACACCUGUUAUCCUUAGAUAGAAUUGUUUCCUACUGGAGUUGUUUUUAAAAAGAGAACCCAGAAAAAGCCUAUAAAAAUACAAGAUUAAAACUUUAAAUGUAUUGCAAGAUACAAAUUGCUACCUUAAAUGUUACUUAGGCGCUCUGGUUUUUCUUCUAGCUCCACAAAGGUAGUACUUUGUCUUUUAUGAUUUACCAGACGUUGUUUCUUGCUAACCAUCCCUUUAACUAUUGAGAAACCCUCAAUUUCUACCACCACCCUUAUGUGCGCUCCUAAAUCUCAAAGGAUAUGUCUUAAUGGAUCUGAUUGUUCACUCCACUUUUUGCCACCUGACCCACACACUAUUGAGCAAUUAGAAAUGACGGAUAAUGUUCUAACCAUGAUUUCUUGUUCAGAAUAUCAGCUAGUGACGUCCGCCACAUACUAUAAAGGCAACAGGAAAGAGUAAGUGGCACGUUAGUCUUCAGAGUACUCGUGAUACUAGGUUUCUCCAGUUCUCCAUCUACUUGGGGUUGGAUAUUUAUUUGCUGAGGUUUCACUCUAAAGCUGCUAAAUUCACACUACUUUCAUACCUGUUUAAUUAGCAAUUUCAAGACCAUUGUUAUAAGGAGUGAAUCAAUCUUACAUUUAACAUUCUCUUAAAACAUUCAGGAAGUGGCAUUGUUAUUACUUUAAAUUAGAAUCUGAGAUUAAACAGAUUACAAAAAAUUUUAAUGUAACAUUUAAAUUUUUUGAAAUGUUUGAAAAUAUCUACUUUGGAAUAAACUUUAAGGAAACAGUCACAGGAGCUUCUAAAUUUUUCUGAAGGGAGGUACCUAACAGAAAAGAAUAUAGACUUAGUAAUGUGAACUGUGGUUAAAUCCUAAACCCAGUUAUACAGUAUUAGUCUAAAGCUUCAAAAACUGGAGUGUUAAGAAAAUCCAGAGACAUUCAUAUACUUACAGCUUCAGUAAUGUAUUAGACCAGACUUUAUUUGCAAUUUGUUCAACAGAGAGAUUUUAUUUUGAUACGAAUAUUAAGCAUAAAGCAUAGUAAGUUUUAUAUAAUUCUAUAAGUUCAUUAAACAAUAUUACGGAAUUUUCAUUAUAUUCUUUGGGAGUCUUUUUAGCUGUUUCUACAUCUCAUAUAUGAGGUGUCUUCUGUAUUUUAUUUUGCAUACUAGCAUGUGACUGCCUGCCUUAGAACUAUGUAUAGGAGGGGAAACCAAUAUUACUUAAAAAUUUUUUUUUGAUGUUUUGAAAUAAAUUUCAUCAUUAGUUCUUUUUUUUUUUUUUUUGAUGUUUGAGCAGUUGAGGGGAAGGGGCAAAUUCCAUAGGUUUCAACACAGAAUAGAAGGAGUAUCUGUUUACAAAUAUGUCCUGUUUUAAGAUAUGCAAAGUUUGAGCAGGAUAGAGCUAGUGGAUCUCGAACCUUAGCCAGCGUCAGAACUACCUGGAGGCCUUGUUGAAGUCCAGGCUGCUGGACCUGCCCCCCAGUUUCUGAUUCCAGGCUGGAGCCUGACCGUCUGUGUUUCCAGCAGGUUCCCAGGCAGCACUGAUGCUGCUGGCCCAGGUACCACACUUUGAGAACCGCGGGUCUAGAGAAAGUCUGAGGGUCUUUUCAGUCAUGCAUUUAUUUACUCAGUGUACAGAACUGAUCUCUUGAGACGUUUUUAUAAUUCUGAUGCCGUGAGGGGGACGUUCAUGGAGAAAGACCUCUGUGGAGCGCCGGGCCCUUUGGGGGGCGGCCACCACCACUCCCCCCCGCCCCCUCAGCGCUCACCCGGUUGAGGUCUGUGCCGCUUUUCCACGUCACGGGGCAGGAGCUCUCUCAUUUGUAGGGUGAGUUUGCUUUUGUGUACACUGCAGCCUGGGCUUUGGUCUGGAAGCUGUGCAUUUGCUUGGAGCGCUUAGCGUCAAUCUCCUCCUGAGGACUGUGGAAGGAAGCCAUCCGACUGUCACGAGAAUGCACUUUGCGUUUAUCGAGGCCCUAAGUACCGGAGGCCCCGUCCUAAGAUGGCAGUGACCUGAAGCAUGGAAAACGAUAGAUUAUCCCCAAAUGAUGUAGUCGUAGUUUUUAAGUUUUGUGGGAUGAGGGAGGUGAGGGCAAAGGAUUUGCUUUUCAAAUUAUGUGUUUCUCAGGUUAACAAAGUUAUUUUGGAUUCUCUGCCAUGCCGGUAGGUGUUAGGGGAGCCUGAAUUGUUGUAUAUGGCAGAAGAUUGAUAAUUGUCUCUGAUUACUUUGCUACCUUUAAAAAAAAUCUAUAUAUGUUUGCAAAAAGAGUCUAGAGGAAUCUACCACCUACACAGCAUGAGUUAUUCAUAAACCAUAGGUGCACAUGUAUGAGCAAGUUAUUUUUGAGAAAGAAACUGCCUACAAUAUAAUAAACCUACAGGUCUUUGGAUAUUUUAAAA